CCUGAAUAUACAACUAUUGUAAACAAAAAAAAAAAAGCAAGCCAUCCACCAGCAAAUCCUCCGCCAUCUGGAGAGUGCAACCUACGCAAACCACACGAUGGCACAGCUCUACCUGGCCCAGUGUUAUCGUAACGGAAUUGGAGUCAAUGAGGAACACACUAAGGCCAUCGAGCUAUACCUCAGCCUUGCAGAUCGUGGGAUUCCUCAGGCCCAAGUCGCUCUCGGCGGUUGCUAUGAGAGCGGCGAAGGUGUCGAUCAAGACUACGGCACAGCCAUCGAGUGGUAUUCCAAGGCCGCAGAUCAGGGCAGUGAAGAUGGUCGACUCCACAUCGUACAUCUCAUGGCUGUGUGUCUAGUCGGAGGAUUCGGAACUCCGGCGAACAAAAAGAAGGCGGCAGCGGGAAUAUUUGAGCAACUCGCCAACGAUGGCCACAGUGACAGCCAGUUUUGGAUCGGAUGGUGCCAUCGAUGGAGCUGGGGGGUAUCAAAGGACACCGAGAAGGCAUUCGAGUGGCUCAGCAAGUCGGCCAAGCAAGACAACUCAUAUGGGCAGUGGAUGGUUGGUGAAUGCUACUCUCGUGGGUGUGGAGUCACCAAGGACUGGACCAAGGCAGCCGAAUGGUUCCGAAAAUCAGCCGAGCAGGGCAAUCAAUACGGACAGUGCUGGCUCGGUAUCUGCUACGAAAAUGGGUUUGGUGCCCCCAUGAACAUCGACACCGCCGUCUUCUGGUAUCGCAAAUCCGCCGACCAAGGUCAUCGAGGUGCCACCAACAGCCUCAAGGAACUCGGCCAGUGGCCGUGA